AUGGCGAAGAUUUUCUUGGUUUUUUGUUUUGUAGCCAUGUGGGCCAUGGUGAAUGGGAAACGUCCAUUGCUGGCCCACCCAACACCUACAGUGCAAUGCACCAUUGAUCUGUACAUGGACUUAAUUGGAUGUAUAGAUUUUGUACUGGAUGGGAGUAAGGUCGCAAACCCAAGUAUAGGGUGUUGUGAUGGCUUGGAGGAAAUGGUGAAUGUAGCCCCUAAUUGCAUUUGCCAGGCUUUCAAUUUCGCUAAGGGUUUUGGAAUUGCUGUGAAUAUGACCAAGGCUCAACAGCUUCCUUCUUUAUGUCGAUUUUCUACUGAUAUCCACUGUAUUGAUUUUGGUCCUCCUUCACCAGAAUUUGGUCCUCCUUCAACUGUGCCAAAGUCAUCGCCAUCACCCACACAAUUUGCUCCAGUGAUUCCACCGAAGCCAUCUCCACAACCAAAGUCAUCUCCCCCAGCUUCAUCUUCAGCACAAUCAUUGAAGUCUAGCUAUUGUUACGUGCUCAUAUCUUUGAGCUUGUUUGCCACCAAGACCUCUGCCCCCAUCUUAUGCUCCACCCAAGUCAUCGCCAUCACCAGCACCAUUUGCUCCAUUGAUUCCACCGAAGCCAUCUCCACAACCAAAGUAAUCUUCCUCGACUCCAUCUCCAGCACAAUCGUUGAACCCCGGUGCCAUGGCAUUUUCAAUUUCUUCUGUAGUCCUUCUUAUUAG